GUUGAGUAAAUUCCAGUCAUUAUUCGUGUUUUGAACUUACCGGAUUCAAAAGAAGUGCUAUUUUUGUAUUGUUUAACUUGAAAAGUACCGAUUUGCAGACUAUAUUUUGUAGUGCUAGAAGGAGAACUGGUACACCGACAAAAUGGAGAACUUUGACAUGGAAGAGUUCAAUCAGAUAUUGGAAAAAUGCCGCGAUCAAUCGCUACAGAAGGAACAGGAUACCAUUUUACUGGAACCGUUCGAGUAUAUCCAGCAGAUACCGGGCAAGCAGUUUCGUUCCAAGAUGGCACUAGCGUUCAACCAUUGGCUGAAUAUUCCGGUGGAAAAGUUGGUCGCUAUCGGCGAGAUUGUCCAGAUGAUGCAUAAUUCUAGUCUGCUAAUCGACGACAUCGAAGAUAACUCUAUACUUCGCAGAGGAAUUCCAGUGGCUCACAAAAUCUACGGCAUUGCGAGUACGAUCAAUGCCGGCAACUACGUGUUGGUGUUGGCACUCGCCAAAGUCAACAAGUUGGGACACAGCGACGCCCAACAGGUGGUAACGGAGCAACUGUUGGAACUACACCGUGGCCAGGGGAUGGAAAUCUACUGGCGAGAUAAUUUCAUUUGUCCUACCGAGGCGGAGUACAAGCAGAUGGUAAUACGGAAAACCGGGGGACUGUUCAUGUUAGCCAUUCGGUUGAUGCAGCUGUUCAGUGAUAACCAGAAGGAUUUCACCAAGCUGACGGCAAUUUUAGGGCUGUCGUUCCAGAUUCGGGAUGACUACUGUAAUCUAACGUCCAAAUCCUAUUCGGACAAUAAGAGCUACUGUGAGGAUCUGACUGAGGGAAAGUUCAGCUUUCCGGUGAUACAUGCCGUGCAGAACCAGAAAGAUCGACAGGUUUUGCAUAUUCUGAGGCAGCGAACUCAGGAUGUUGAGGUGAAACGGUAUUGUGUUUCCUUACUCGAGAAGCUUGGUAGUUUCAAAUAUACCGAAGAGGUGUUGGAAAAGCUCGACCUUGAGACUAGGGCAGAGAUCGAACGCCUCGGAUCCAAUCCGAUCAUGCUAGCGCUACUAGACGAUCUGCUUAGUUGGAAAAUGGAAGACACCUGUAAAGAAAAGUAAACUCCUUCCGCACGUCACGCAAACUGCAUUUUUUUCGAUUCGAACUGAUUCUGAUAAGCAGACACACGCCUCUAAACGUUCUGUAACAGACAAAGAUGUAUUAUA